AAAUUCAAUGUCUCUACUUAAUUUGCACUAUAUAUAUCUCCUCAAUUGGGGUAGGGACAAAACACAAAUCUAUAGAAAUCAAAUCUGAAUCACUUCUAUACAUAUAUAACAACUAUAUAGAAUGGAUGAGGCUGCAAUCAAGCCAACAAUUGACAUUAUUGUAUGUGCUUCCAUGAACAAUCAUCAUACUAGUGCUAAAAGCAGUGAUGAUUCCAUUUCCAUUUCAAACCCAAAAACCAAGCCAUCAUCACAUUCAGAGUCACCACCAUUCUUAACUAAGAUCCAUGCAGGCUACUUUUUCAUCUCUCUUUCCUUUGGUGCUCAAGCUUUGCUAUGGAAGAGUUUAAGUGAGCAUAACAAUGAAUCACAAACUCUAUGGCAUGGUUUUAACUUGAUGCCUUCUGUUGCUUAUCUACUACUUUGGUGUCUUGCAGUAGUCAUUGCAACCAUCUUAUCUUUUCUCUAUAUGCUCAAGUGCAUCUUGCACUUUAAUGCAGUGAAGGAUGAGUUUUCACAUCAUAUUGGAGUUAACUACAUGUAUACUCCUUGGAUUUCUUAUCUUCUCAUGCUUCAAUCGUCUCCGCCUUCGAUUGUUCCGAGGACUUGUUACUACGAGUUUCUUUGUCUGUCAUUUUCUUUUGUUAUAUUCCUUCUUGAUGUAAAACUAUUCGGGCAAUGGUUCACAACUAAAAAGAGGUUUCUGUCAGUGGUAGCAAACCCUGUUAACCUUGUUUCUGUUAUAGGCAACUUGGUCGCGGCUCAAGUAGCGACAGAAAUCGGUUGGAACGAGUGUGCGCUUUCAAUGUUUUCGCUAGGAAUGGUACAUUAUUUGGUUCUAUUCGUGACGCUGUAUCAGCGUCUGACGAGUAAUAACCAGUUUCCUAUAGUUCUAAGGCCAGCUUAUUUCUUGUAUUUUGCUGCUCCAAGCAUGGCAAGUUUAGCUUGGAAAUCCAUCUCAGGUUCUUUUCUCAUCUCAUCAAAGAUGCUGUUCUUUCUGUCUUUGUUCCUUUUUCUUUCUCAGGCUUGCAGGCCAGGACUGUUCAAGAAAACUAUAAAAAGGUUAAACGUUACAUGGUGGAUCUACUCAUUCCCUUUAACAUUCCUUGGUCUAGCUUGUGCUGAAUAUGCUCAUGAGGUGAAAAGUAGCAUGGCUUCUGGUUUAAUGCUUCUGAUAUGUAUUGUGUCUGUUCUGGUUUUUGUUUUUCUGAUGCUAUCAACUGUACUCAAAAUUGAGAAGCUGAUCCAUAAAAAAACACCUAGCAAAUGAAAAUAUAAUGAUGAACUGGAAGCAGAUCCAGCAAAAUUCACUUCUUUCCAUCAAAAGGAGGCUAAUGAAAGUUGAUCAAUUUUUCCGAAUAUUUUGUAGCACCGACACCUCAGAAAAAAGACGUGUCUGUGUCGGACACUUACACCGACACUUGUGAUUAAGUUUAAUUUAAUCAUUUUUUCAAAUUAUUAUUAGUGUCAGUAUGUCAGCAUCGGUGCCGUUUUCGGGGUGUCCGUGCUUCAUACUCUACACUUUAUUCUUCUUACCAAAUCAUCUUCACUAAGUAUAUAUGAUUUGGAUAAAGAACUAACUAUAUUGGAAAGUUAUAAAGUCUCAAAUCAAACAAAACAAAGAGAAGAAGUAAAAGUGCAUAAGCACAUGAGUUGAGUAUAAUUGGUUUGACUGUGUGUGGAAAAUCCAACAAGGACAACACACAUUUUAAUGGUACUUGAAACUUGUCUAGUCUCACUAAAAAAUAAAAGUUUGCAGAAAAAAAUUCAAAAAUAAUUUAUAGGUACCAUAAUGAGAAUGAUGGAAUAUCAGGUACUGCAGCUGCAGACCAUUGAACAAAAGAUAAACUUGUUGAGAAAAGGGAAUUAUUCACAAUCGUUAGUGUCAAAAUAAAUAAAGCUCCAAGGGAAUGGUCAAGAUUGGAUGUGGAACAUUGAAAAGCAACAAGAAUAGAUUCUUAUAAGAUAAGUCACCCCUAAGGACUAUUUCAAGGAAUUUUGUGGAGAUCUUAAGUAGUGAGACAGAAGAUGGAAAGAAUGUCUACUUAUCUAUACAAUAAGAACAAACAUAAAUCAGCACUAAUAUAUAUAGAAUAAUGCUAGAAAAAUACACUUCCUCAGUAAUAUAUUAGUUAUUAUCGGAAUAAAACUGCAAACAUUUUCUAUCAAAAUGGUAAUGUGACUUACAGAGCCAGAUGCGACGGAGGAGCACAUGGACAAGCCGUGAGGCUGGAAACAGAGCACGAUGGAAGUAUAGAAUAUGAACGGUAGCUUGUUUUUAAAAACCUAACUAACUUUAUUUAAAAAAUAAGCCUAACAAUUUUCUUUUACUUCUUUAGAUUUUAAACCCGAUUAAAAAGUGAGGAAACAUUUUUCGCUUCAAUAAAGCUAACAAUCGAUGGUUUAAUUUUUAAAAACUAUGAAAUUUUCUUUGUAACGAACCGAUGUAAAAUACCUACGUGAAUUUUUUUUUUCACUUGUAUAAUUGUAUUAGUGGGAGAAAAUGUGCAAUUAAUAAUGUCAAUUUAGAUUAGGUAUGUAAUGGUACGUGUUUUGGAAUGGAAUGUUCGGUUUUCAUAUAAUCCUAAUUAGGGGCGGCAAACGGACAAGUCCGUCCUGUUUAGAUCUUUUAAAAUAUAAGAUGGAAGUUGAAUCCAGCGCCUAACCAAUGAGCGGAAGAUUCUAAAUGUUAUCCCAAGUUAUAUUUGACACCCUCUUUCAUUGAAAAGUUAAUUAUAACCCUACUCAAAUUUUUCACCA